AUGGAUCUCGUGCCCGGCUUGCUGGUCACCCCGAAGGCCGAGGUGCUGGAGGACCUGCUGCAGGAGCAGUUCGGGCCUCUGCCGCAGCUGGCCGCAAUCUGCCGCCUCAAGCGGCUGCCCUCAGGCGGCUACUCGUCCACCGAGGACCUGCAGCUGGUGCUGGAGCGGCGGCGCGUGGCCAACGCCAAGGAGCGCGAGAGGAUAAAAAAUCUCAACCGUGGGUUUUCCAAACUGAAGGCACUGGUGCCAUUUCUUCCUCAAAGCAGGAAGCCCAGCAAAGUUGAUAUUCUUAAAGGUGCAACUGAAUACAUACGAGUCCUCAGUGAUGUUUUGGAAAGAGCCAAAGACUCGGAGAAACAAAACCCCGGUCAUCAGAACUAUAUAAACCAUACUUCUGAACCACAUAUAUCCAUGGCUAAAGAGCACUUGGGAAACAGCACUCAACAUGCUCGCUGUGAUGUGGGCUUGAAGAAUGAGGAGGAAGGGCCCUGGGCAGCUGGUGGCAGUGGUGGAUCAGCAUGCACUUGUCGCCAGAGCAUGAUGUCUGCAACUGGAGACUCCCCAGCCAGGAGUAUGGAUCGAUUCCCAGAAGUAGAACUCCUGAGCCACGUUGGUGGUGUGGGUGUGGACGUGGGCAGAGGCUCGGCGGCGGGGCUGCGGCAGCGCGGGCGGGGGCGCUGCGGGUGGGGGCGGGCACUGCAGCACCGCAGCCCGGCGGCCCGGCGGGCCCGCUGGAGGGGGCGCUGUGGGCACCGCCGAGCGUCCUUUUGUCAGCGCGCUGCGCCGCCGGAGAGCUCGCAUUUCCUCCCAGCCGCGUGCGGGGGAAAGGGAUUUCAUUCUGGCGGCGGGGCCGUGCGGGGCGAGCGGGAACGAGCGCCUUUUGUCAGGGAGCGGCAGCCUCUGCGGUGGGCAGUCCCCGGGGACCAAAGCUGCAUUGCCGGUGGGACUCCAGGCGGCGGCUCUGACGGUGCGGGGCUGCGGGAUGGCGAGAAAACGCUGCUCUGCACACUAGCCGGGCGCGUUGAUUAA